AUGAAUGCUACAGUCACGCUAACAGCUAGAACUCCAGCAGCAGGAUUCCACGAUUGGGUGCAAAGAAACAGAUUAUGGACCAAAGGUAUGCUUAGUGAUGAUCCUAAAGCAAUAGCUAUAAACCAUGAAAUUAUUCAGUGGGUUGUUGGACCAUGGAGUACAUGUUCUACAAGUUGUGGCCAAACUGGACAACAAUUUCGUGUAGUCAGAUGUGAAAAAGUUGACAGUCGAUUCUAUCAAAUACUGAGUGAUCAAGUAUGCAUUGAUAAGCUAUUGCCAAAACCACCAAGUACACGAAAGUGUUUAGAAAGUAACAAAUGUCCAACAUGGUUCGUUGAAAACCGUGAUACAUCUGUUUGUACAGAUCGGUGUUUGGAUGUCGGUAAAGGUUCAAUUAGUGGAAAUUUAGUCUGUAUGAUUGGUGAGAGAACAGUCGCCACAAAAUAUUGCGAUAAAUUAGAUAAACCAAAUAUGGAAUGUGAAAACCCUAUAUGUCAACUACGAUGGAAUGUUAGUAAUUGGUCUCAAUGCUCACGUUCAUGUGGUGGGGUUGGUGUUCAAGCUAGACACCUUCUGUGUACUUGGUCACAUAAUGGUGAAUUGGCAGGUUCAUUGUGUUAUUCCCAUCAACUUGCUAUUCCAGAUGUCAUACGAUCAUGCGAAGUACCUCCAUGUAAAUUAGACAUAUAUGCUCAUUUUGUUAUCAGCAUUUACACAUGUAUUCGAAAAAACUACUUAGACGCACUAAAAAAAACCAGUAACAAACAACCGGUGCCCAGCAUCACUAUACUUUAUAUUAUUUCAUAAUUGCAUACCAACUAUACCAAUGUACAAGUGUCAAUAUAUAAACGAAAUAUUUUGAUAAUAAAAGUAUAUUUACCUGAAUGCCACUAAACAAAUCUUA